AUGAAUUUCUUGUUUGGCAUAAGCUCUCUGUUCUUUCUUUUCUUCAUUCGCGACACUAGCUCAUUCACCGUUAGUGGAAGAGCAGGGCAUAGUGCCGCAUUAUAUGAAAAGAAGAUUUACUUUCAAGGUGGAAAGAGCUACAAUGUUUCAUCUAGCAACGACUUCUUUUACCUUGACAUCUCCAAAAGCUUUGACAUCACCAACCCAUCGUCCGUCCCCUGGGUGAAUCUCCUCUUUCCAAAUCAACCAUCUCGGUCAUAUGCUUCCUCGUGCGUAGCUGGAAAAGGCGUCUAUGUCUUUGGAGAUUCUGACAAUACUCUACCUGCUGUAGUUCAAUUUGAUCUCAGUGAUCAAUCAUGGAAAACGCCGACUGUUAAUGAACUGGCAACAUAUAAUUCUAGCAGUCUCGCAUAUCAACAAUGUUUAACAUCAGGUGAUGGAACUAUUUACAUGAUUAACGGUUAUGCUAGAAAUGUGAUUACCUUUGACACUGUGAAUUUAAAUUGGAGGGAGGACACCUUUUCGAAAACGCCAAAUGUUAAACGCCAAAAUAAUGUUAUACUAUCGGACGGAACCAUUCUUUUUUUGGGUGGGGAGUUUAACGGCGAUAGGUAUGGUUAUGUCUUAUAUAAGUCGAUUUGGACAUAUAGUACGAAGAGCAAAAGGUGGAAUAUGGUUAACACCACAAACGAAUUAACAUACUUCUGUACCCCCACCGCCACGACAUUACUUCCCGAUGGCCGUGUCAUAAUAUUUGGGUGCUUCCAAUCAGACAUUCCUUCUGGAAUAGUGGUAAUUGAUACUCGGAAUAACUACGAGUUUUUCAUUCCAACCGUCUCAAAUCAAGGACCACCCUUCACGUUAAUGGAUUUCACCGCUACAUCGACCGGAAAAUACAUUUUGAUUGCAUUCGGUAAAGAUAGUAAUACCAACGAAUAUUCAUCAAACAUUUAUCUCUUGGACGUAAGUCAAAGAAGCAAUUUUGUUUGGACAACCUAUUUCGACUCGGAAAUAGGUAGCAAUACCAACGGAGCUCCUAUUGGACUUAUCAUCGGGCUUAUCAUCGGAAUAAUUUUCAUAGUCAUGCUGGCCCGGUAUUUGUAUAAACGUUGUCGAGAUUACGUAAACCUGGAUAACUUGGGACCACGUCUUCCGAACUUAUAUUCUAAAGUACACGCAAUCAUAAAUGAAAACAGAAGACCUGAAGCUUUGGUUUGCCUUUUUUGUUGCAGACUAAAUUGUGAUUCAGUAGUACAUUUUGGCACACAUUAUGUUUCAAUAAACUUGGCUACUCAAAAUUGCUGGUGUCAUUUUUGUAACAUAGAAGUGACUACUGAAAAUCACCUAAUAAGAUCUGCACGUUAUAUUAUGCUAGGAGUUCACCACAUGUUUGUAGAAGAAAAUGAACAAGAACUUCCCGAUGAUGAUAAUGUUCAGCAUUGUCCGAACUGUGGUACAGUAAAUGAAUUACCCGUAAACUUUCCUUGGCCUUGUGUGUUUUGUCCUUUUUGUGGAACCGAUUAUCACUGGGAGACUCGACGUAUUAUCAAUCUGAGAAAUUAUCAUGAGCCAGCUAAUGUAAUUGCAGAACGUAUUGAUAUUUUCAAUGUGAAGCGAUGUCCGAAUUGUAAUUCAAGGAACGGAAGAGAUAAUGCCAUACGCAGUAAUGGUGUGUAUUGUCCUGUGUGUGGUACAAAUUAUAAUUGGAUGAAUCUACACAUUUACCAUCUCAGAAAUAAUCAUUUAGCAAAUGUGAGAGAUAUGAACGAAGCGAUAAUUUAUCCUAUUAUCAGAGUUGGGUUUUGUAUUCAAACAGGUCAUCGUGAUAUGGCCUUGAAUUGA